AUUGCACUUCGCAAUAAUUCUUCCCUUCAGCCGUAUAAUUUAAUAACUCAGCCUCGUCCAAUCAGCGUUGCUCUCAGUCUUUCUAUCGCUAUCUCGCUCUGCUCUCUUCUCCAAUAAAGAGAGAAAAAUAAUUCUGGGGGGGAGAGAGAGAGGAGUGGAAGAAAGAAAGAGUUCGCUGCAGUUGUCAAUAAGGAGAACCAGAAGAGAAGGAAGAGUUAAGUGAGACAGUGGUUUACGUAACAAAGUCGUCGUCUUUGCUCUGGCGUCGCGGUGUGGCGAUCGUCGUCGUGUAGUGUAAACUAAUCCCUCUCUCGCUCUUUUCUCCUUCUGGGCUUUCUUAGCUUUUUUGCUGGGUUUUCUGCUGCUUGCUGGUUUUUUGGUUCUCCGUUCGUUGAUCGUUGCUGCCACGCUUCUUCUUUUUAGUGUUUUCUCUUUUUGCCGUUUAGAGGGGGGGUUUUCAGUCUGUCGGUUUCGUUGAAUGCGGGUUUCUAUUGAACUGGGGUUUGGUGUUUGCCAAAAUUAAAUUUGUUUUUUUGGAGUGGUGAAAUGCGGGUUUGUGAAUCGGGGGAGGAUUGGAAGUACGGAAUGAAAUUUUGCUGUUUUCAGGCCAUGUCGGAAUUGGGGUUCUUGCUGGUGUGCUGAAAUUACAUGGUGACAGUUCUUUUUUGGGUGAAAAAGAGAUUCAUCCUUUGUCCAAGGAACCUACCUCUUGUCUUUUCUCAACCACUUAGAUAGUUGAAUACGCUUCCUGCCCGUUUUAUCAUCUCUCUUUCCUUUCUGGGUUCAGAUCAAUUUAACUGCUUCUCCUGCCAACAGGUACACGUGAUGCCUUUUCCUUGCUUGUUUAGAACGCCUCAUCCUAGCUUUCUCAGUUAGCAGCUCUUGCCAAUGUAUGUGCUUUAAGUCGAUGGUGUGUUUAUAGAAAUUAGUUUGAAGAUAUAUGAUUUGCUUCAGAGCCUAGUUUGGCGUGGUUGCUUUGGCAGUGCAUUCGUUUGAGGAUUCACGGUUGGGAGUAUUGAGGACAUGCUUUAUAUGAGUUGUUUAUCCCCCCUCCCACUGUAGCAUGUAUGGUCAGUUGUUUCCGCUGGGAAACUGAGCUGACGGGCAUUCGACUGUAUGAAUGAAUUUGCUAUUAUGACUAUUUUAAUGUUUCUUUUUUGUUUUGUUUUUGUACGCUGAUAAACAAAUUAUACCCUCCUUUUCUUUUGAUCUCUGAAAGUUGUGUAUGAGCUUUACAUAUAAGUUUCAACCCUGGUCAUUUGGUAAUCUAUUUGAAUCACUGCCUGUUAUUGUUCUAUCAGCUAGUCAAAUGCAAUGAAGCAGCAUUCACAUAGCUUCUAUCCUGGUAGUUCGUUUUGGAUGAUUUUCAAGUUUGUUAAUGAUUCUGGAUUAUGUUAUGUGUCUCUCUAAUCCAAUCUUAUGUGUCAUCUGCAUCAGGUCCCACUAUGAUUCAGCCUGUGAAUAUAAGUAAACCCGUAGGGAAUGGUGGAUAUGGAAUUUUAUCCAGAUCUGAUACUCACAAUACAUCAAGCGAUGUUUCCCUUUUCUCUAGCUCGUUACCUGUUCUACCACAUGAGAAGCUGAAUUUGGAAGAGACAGAUCAUGGUCACCAGUCAGUUGAUGAUGUCUCUGCUGGUGCUGAAAAACUUCGCCAAAAUGUGGAGAACCCUGAUAUAGUUCGAAACGGAGAAGCUGGUUUUGCUGGUACUCUGCUUCCUGAUGACGAAGAUGAGCUCUUAGCUGGGAUAAUGGAUGAUCUCGAUCUGUCUAAAUUACCAUUAUCUCUUGAAGACCUAGAUGAUUAUGAUCUUUUUGGCAGUGGGGGAGGAAUGGAACUAGAAAUGGACUUGCAGGAAAGCCUGAGCUUAGGUAUCUCGAAAUUUAACUUGUCCGGUGGUGUUGCUGGGAAUGGAAUUUCUCAGUAUGGUCUUCCAAGUACUGCUGGAACGGUUGCAGGGGAACAUCCAUACGGCGAACACCCUUCAAGAACACUAUUUGUCCGUAACAUUAACAGUAAUGUCGAAGAUUCUGAACUCAGGGCUCUGUUUGAGCAAUAUGGUGACAUUAGGACUCUGUACACUGCUUGCAAACAUAGGGGUUUUGUGAUGAUAUCUUAUUACGACAUCCGUGCUGCUCGAACUGCAAUGCGUGCAUUACAAAACAAGCCACUGAGAAGGAGAAAACUCGACAUUCACUUCUCAAUUCCUAAGGAUAAUCCCUCUGAGAAGGAUGUCAAUCAAGGAACUCUUGUAGCUUUCAAUCUGGAUCCAUCAGUGUCAAAUGAAGAUCUGCGUCAGAUUUUCGGGGUCUAUGGUGAGGUUAAAGAGAUCAGGGAAACACCACACAAGAGGCAUCAUAAGUUCAUCGAAUUUUAUGAUGUUAGGGCUGCAGAUGCAGCACUUAAGCAAUUAAACCGAAGUGACAUAGCUGGCAAACGCAUAAAGCUAGAACCCAGUCGCCCUGGUGGUGCUCGUCGAAAUUUGAUGUUGCAACUGAAUCAAGAGCUUGAUCAAGACGAGCCUCGGAGUUUCCGCCAUCCAAUGGGUUCUCCUGUAACUAACUCUCCGCCAGGUAACUGGCUACAGCUCAACAGUCCAAUAGAACACAGCCCUUUAGAGAGUAUCAGCAAAUCACCUGUUUUCAGGACCAUGAGUCCAACUCAUAGUAGCCAUGUCUCUGGGUUGGCUUCCAUUCUUCACCCUCAAGUAUCGAAUGCGAUGAAAGUCGCACCAAUUGGGAGAGAGCAUGGGAGGAGUAGCCUUUCCCUCCUUGGAUCUGCUUUUCAACAAUCCCACUCAUUACCUGACUCAAAGUUGAGCCAAUUUCAUGCAAGCAUGUCAUCAUUGGGUCCUUCAACAUCAAAUGGAUCAGUUAUGGAAACAUUAUCAGGCCCACAGUUUCUUUGGGGAAGUCAGAACUCUCAUUCGGAGCAGCAUACCAUUUCUUCCUCGGCCUCUUCAGCGUGGCCAACGCCUUCAUCAACACGACAUCCUUUUCCAUCCAAUGGGAAGGGACAUGCGUUGCCAUUUUCAGGUUGGCAUGGUUCUUUCAUGGGUCACCAACAGCAUCAUCAUCAUGUUGGUUCUGCUCCAUCUGGAGUCCCUCUGGAGAGGCACUUGGGCUUCUUGCCAGAUUCACCAGACACAUCAUUCAUGAACCCCGCAACUUCAUUUAAAGGAAUUGGUAUGGGUCACAAUGAUGGAAACUUCAUGAUGAAUAUGGGCAUCCCUCGUCCUCUAAUGAAUGGAGUGAAUAAUGUUUCAAGAACCUUAGCUGACAAUGGUGUUUCUUCGAGUUACAACAGAAUGAUGACUUCUUCCCCAAGGCUUAGUCCUGUUUUCUUAGGUAGUAGCCCAUAUGCAGCAGGACUUACAUCCCCUAGCAUGGAUAAUUUUAUUGACCGUGGUAGGAGUAGACGGAUUGAGACUAAUGGGAGCCAAGUUGAUACCAAGAAGCAGUUCCAGCUUGACUUGGAUAGGAUCAUGAAUGGGGAAGAUUCUCGAACGACACUAAUGAUAAAGAAUAUACCAAACAAGUACACUUCUAAGAUGCUGCUUGCUGCAAUUGAUGAGAAGCACAGGGGUACUUAUGAUUUCCUCUACUUGCCCAUUGAUUUUAAGAAUAAAUGCAACGUGGGCUAUGCAUUUAUCAAUAUGUUGUCUCCUUCACACAUCGUCCCAUUUUAUGAGGCAUUCAAUGGUAAGAAGUGGGAGAAGUUCAAUAGUGAGAAAGUUGCUUCCUUGGCAUAUGCUAGAAUCCAGGGAAAGGUAGCUCUUGUCAACCAUUUCCAGAACUCCAGUCUUAUGAAUGAAGAUAAACGCUGCCGCCCAAUCCUGUUCCAUUCAGAGGGUCAGGAGUUGGUUGAUCAGAUCAUUCACGACCAUCUGCACUCGAACACUUUGAACAUUCAGUUCCAUCAGCCAAAUGGUUUAUAUUCCGGGGAUUCUCCAUCUGGAAGUCCUACUGAUGAUUUGCCCUUUUGAUAAAAGAUGAUAGUGAAGGGGAAGGUGGGUGGGGAUGCCAUUGGCCUGCACUGUAUUGAUCGUAGGGCAUGGGGCAAACUAACUAUUUUGCGUGUAUAGUUUUCCGAGUGUACAAAUGUUAAGAGGAAGAGAAGAAAAAGGAGAAGAAAAAAGCAAGUUACUUGCAGGUUUGUGAAUUGUGUAUAGAGUAUUGAUGACAGGUUUAGAAGAAGGGCAACAGAAGCAUUUUGGGAUUCCCAUUUUGUCAACCAAUAAUGGUUCCUCUGUAGAUCAAAAAGGAUAAAAAGAUGACAGUUGAAGCACUCAAACUUGCUGCUGCUGACCACCAGCUUUUGUAUGGCAUGUUUUUUGUGUUUCCUGUUUCCCCAUUUGUGCCUGGGGCAAAAUGAUGUACUUUCCAAUUGUUCUACAGAAUUGUACAGCGGUGACAGAGAAACCCUUUCUGGGACUUAAUUUAUGGAACUGUAUAAGAGUAACAAUUCCUCUUUACUACAAGGUGUUUUAUUGAAAUGUGAAAAAUAUUAAAGUACAUAAUUAUGUGAUUUCACAUUCUGUCGAUCUACA